GGGGCGAUGUUUUGCACCAAUCACAGCAGCUCUUGUAGUCACGUUCAUGUUUUGGUGCAUUAGCCUUGGCUGUUUGGUUAGCCCGUUAGCUGAGCUUCUGUUGUAGAUCAUUUAGCGAUGAAUAAAGGGAAAGCUAGCGGCGUGUCGUGGGUCAAACCGGCGGAGCCGUCCUUUCUGAAGAAAUUUAAAACCGACGUGGGGUACAAAGAAGGACCAAAUGUUGACACCAAGCGUCAGGCGAUGCCCAUGCCGGACGACGACAGCGGAAGCGACAAAGAAGACGAACUGCCUCAAGUGGUGGUCCUAAAAAGCGGAGACCUGAGUGCAGACGAGGUGAAGAAGCUCAAGGGCGAAGUGCGAGCCGGAGACGAGGGUGAGAAAGGCGAAGAAGCUCCUCCAGACGGCAAAAUUCUCUUCAAGAAACCAGCCAAGCGCUCGUCCUCUGACAAGUUCCAGGGCAUCGCUGCCAGCUCCAGCAAGAAGAAGAAGGAGGAGAGAGCAGCAGAGCAGGAGGAGGACAGGGAUAGAAAAUCUGGGAAGAAAGUUAAAAAUAACAGUCUGCUGUCAUUCGGAGACGACGAAGAGGAAGAGAACGACUAAAUGGAAGACUGGAGUGAAGGAUAGAAACCAGAAACGAUGUUAAGGAGUUAAAUGUUGUCAUGUUUGGUCUGAAAGGACGUCUCCAUCCUUCUGUGUUUGCUGCUCAUAAAUUUGAGAACAGUUUUCAUCUCCAGCUGAACCGAACUGGUCCCGUCUGGACCUGCGAUCGUUUCUGUCACACUUUCAUCUGUAUCCGGUACCGCUCCGACGUCUCCAGCAACUCCUCUGCGCUUUCUGUCGCUUUUAAAAAGCCAGAAUUUUUUCAGCGUUUUUAAAUCUCUCCAUUCAUUUUGUGGAAUGACUAUUUUUCCUUUUUCACUUUAGACGAGUGGACGAGAACAAAUUAUCGUUGGCAGCUGUCCUCAGAUUGUUAAAGAGCUGAGUGAGAUGGAUCAGCCAGCUGGUCCGUAUACUGCCAUGACUCUUUAACUUUACUAGAAAUACCAGCAGCACUGCUCCGGGUUCUACCUGGGUCUAAACCUUUUUUUAAUCAGCACCACUGAAAAAAAGAAGAAAAACUGGCACAUCGGUGAGAUAUAAAGGCAUAUUUAGAAAGCCAGCACAGUGCUCCCUGUAGCUCACUGUGGAAGAAUUUCCAUCUGUCUGUACUGAGACAAAUCUGUUACAGCAGCAGAACUCCAAACCUUAGUUACAAAUAAAAUCUGAAAGAUAUAAAUGGCCCAAUAAAUAAAUAUUUAAUUUAAUUCACCAUCCAAUAAUUAUUACAAUCUUUUAUCAUAAAUGCUGCUUCAUAUUGUCUGAUGUCAGCUGGCUAUGAGUUCUGUGGUGGAAUAUUUUAUUACCUGACAAUAUAUUAUGACUUUUACCCCUUUAAUGCAACUUUUCAUCACAACCCCUUCCGGAUCAUAAGAAAAUAUGUAAUUUUUAUAUCAAUCUGAUCAAAUUUCCUGGAGGUUUUUUUGCAGUUUUUUUCUUGUCACGUGUUUCCAUUUUUUGCUUGAGGAGUAAUUUUAAAUGAUGUAAACUUAUAUUUGAUGUAUAAAAAAAGGAUUGAAAAGCAGGUCAAUUUGAGAUAAUGAGUUUUUGCAUUUUUUUUAACCCUGGUCUUCCCUCUAACUUUGAGGUCACACCACAUCGCCCCCUUGUGGCCCCCCACUUUGAAACACACUGGAUCAAUUCAUACUGUCCAAGAAAACACAAGUGUUAAAGAAACUUUAUUUGAACCUCUUUAUUCCAAAAGGUGUGAUCAACUCCCACACCUGCAUCCAGAUCAUUACAAUUGAUGGAAGAACGUUUUCUCUCUGAAAAUGGAGCCCGGAUAAAAACCUUGCAUUAUGGGACGGACGCGCUCGCUUUAGUCUCUGCACCGUCCGCUGUCCGUCUAAUAAAUACUUCCUCCCCUGACAGAGCAGCUGAGGAAAAGACCCAGCUGUUUCUGAUGAGGCCCGUCCCGACGCGAACAGCUGGAUGUUGUGGCAGAAGCCUGACAGCAGAGGUAAAGUCGGCUCCAGCAAGACCUAAACGGGUUUUCGCCGCAGAAUCCGAAAACCAAAAGGGAAACCGAGGAACUGUGUGACGGGGGGGAAUUAAAAAGCACGGUAAUGCUGCACAAACAUCGAAAUCUGCAGGCAGGAUGCAGGUUUGGAGUCGCAUUUAAAGUAAAUGUGACAAAAUCGGGUGAGGCGUGAUAAAUGGUGCUGAG